ACAUUCAAGUGGGUUUUAUCUGAUUCACGAUCAUCUCUCCCUACCUCUUCUGGAAAGUUGGGUUUUCUUUGCAAAGUGCUAGAAUUCCUUAUUGACUUCAAGGAAUCCCAUAUAUGGCUUCAUCCAGUUCAUGUGCUAUUGAAAGUGAUGAUGCACAAUUGAAAGCCUUAUUCGACACAUUUCGUUCUGUUUGUUCACUUAAAGAUAUUGCCUUGGCCUAUAGCAAAGCUGGACAUAAUGUUGAAAGAGCUGGAGAAAUUUUAUGCAAUUAUAGUAAAAAUCAGACACAAGGUUCAUUUCAUGAUUAUAACUGUGAAGGAAGCUUCAAGCACUUGGAGGAAUCAUCUCGAAAGGGAAAUACUUCUAACUCUCGUCUUUUAGGUGAUAUUUCUGGUGGAAGAAGGCCCAAAAAACUAAGUGCUUCUGUGGGUUCAGUUUCUAGUUUUAUUGGUAAAACAUAUUUCCGGCCUACUUCAUCCCUGAAUGAACCAUCUAGAACAACCAAACCAAUGAUAUUCAGUGUGGUUGAAUCAUCGGUUGCUGAAUCUGCGAAUGAAAAACUGGGUUCUGAAUCCGUGGAUGAGAAACUUCUAUUUGAUAGAAGCACAGAACUGAUAUCAAUUAAUAAUAAGGAUGUAGAGGAGUUUAUUUUCUCAAUGCUUGGUGAUGGGUUUAAACUCAGCAUGGAUUGCAUUCAGGAGGUCCUCGGUAAUUGUGGAUAUAAUGUAAAGCAGAGCAUGGAAGAAUUGUUUUCCUUAUCUGCAAAAACAUUAGGCAUCGAUAAGGCAGUGGACAUUAAUUCGCAUAGAAUUAGCAGGCUGAAUGAGGAAACUGCUAGUUACGAGGUAGAAAACAAGAAUCUCCCGCCGCAGGGAUGCAGAUAUUCUAAAGAAACAUCAUUCUUGAAUGAAGAGAAAAUCAAUCUGUCAAGGCAGGUUUUAGAAUCACUGUUCAGCGCUCCUGAUAUAUUUGAGGAGGAACCAAAAGUGAAACGCUUGGAGUGGGGACUAAAUCGGACAAGAGUGAGAGGACAAAAACCAGUGACUAAGCCUUUUGAUGAUUAUGCUUCAUCCCCAACGCUGGAAACUGAAUUGGCAAAAAAUGAAAUUAGAAGAGAUGAAGAGGAUUAUCAGAUGCUUCGGAAAGCUGCAAAGCAACACUGGGAUACAAUGAAACUAUACUAUGAAGCUGCAGUAGAUAGUUUUACCAAGGGUAACAAGGCACAAGCAAGCUACUGUUUGGAGCAAGGAAAACACUACUACCAGUUGGCUCGGGAAGCAGACGAGAAAUCUUCUAGGUUGAUCCUAGAAAAAGCAGAACAAGAAGAAAAAGGCAAUGAGCUACCUCUUGAUUUACGUGCUCAUUCUGUUAACGAGUCGAUCCGAUUGUUGAAAUUACAUCUACUUUCUUUGGCAAGCAUUCCUUCUUUUAGUCAUUUGAAAGUAACUGUCAAUACAGAGAGUGAUAAUACCUCUCGAGGAAAGCGAAGAAGGGAGAAGGUGCUACAGCUUCUGGAGAAGGAAUCCAUCCGUUGGUCUGAAGCGGAGGGCAGUCCUGGAAUAAUCUUGAUACCACUAAAUGGAAUGGAUCACAAACAAUUGAGCUUUGAAACUGCUUAUUCUUAAUUCUUUGGGGGUAUAUGUGCAAUAUUUCUCUUUUUUAGGGAUGAUCUUGAUAAAUGUCCUCCGAUUAAGUUGUGAAUUUCUUAGGCAAUUAUUUUUGGGAAAAUUUCUUUCCUAUUUUCUGUGCAACCAUGCAGUUCAAUGAGAACAGUUUCUUCACAGAGUGCCUACAAA